AAAGAAGCAAAGUUAUUAAAGGAGGAGGUCGUCUCAAACUGAAAUUGCUCAAACAUUGCCAAUCUUCAAGUUCAAUCCUUAGCAUAGAUAAAUAAGGAAAUUAAAUAAUACAAAUUCCAAAACCCGAAAAGGAGCAUCCAAAAUUUCAGGCUGCUGUUUGUAUAUACUCGAUGAGCACGACGUCGUUUAUGGACAAGCAGAUAAUGGAUCUGUCACAGGGAUCGCCGCAGCAGAACAACAACGACUUCAUCGACCAGAUGAAGAUGAACGACAACAACCAUCCCAAAGAGGAAGAAGAGCAGCAGGUCGGCCAUGGAAAUGGGCUUUCCAAUAAGCUAUAUCAUGAUAUGUUGCCCAGCUACGAUUUCCAGCCCAUUCGUCCCAUCGUCGGAACUUCUUCGCAGUCGCAGAGCUUCGAUCCCGCACCCAAUCUUGGAGGAGGAGGAGCCGCUAGGGUUUGGAACUCCGGCGAGCCCAAGUCCAACACUACCGCUCCUAUCAGAAAUUAUGGCUCUCUGGAUUCUAUUGAACCUGCAAAAGUUAUUUUACAGAAGGACCGAAAUGUAGUUGAUGCUACAGUUGUGUCAGAGAUUGACCAGGCCAUGAAGAAGCAUGCUGAUAAUUUAUUACAUGUGUUGGAAGGUGUUAGUGCACGACUAACACAACUCGAGAGCAGAACCCGCCACCUUGAGAAUUCUGUGGAUGAUUUGAAGGUAUCUGUGGGAAAUAAUCAUGGGAAUGCUGAUGGAAAGAUGAGACGGUUGGAGGAUAUUCUUCGAGAUGUACAAACAGGUGUUAAGGAUUUGAAGGAUAAGCAAGACAUAGUAGAGGCUCAGCUGCAUCUUGCAAGUAUACAAGUUUCCAAUUCCAAGGUAGACCCUCAACCAGAACCUCAGAACGCUAUGCAUGGGGAUUCUGGGCAGGCAGCUGCCUCUGCUCCUCAACAAUCUCACCAACAACUUCCUCCCCCUGUGAACCUUCCACCCUCACUUCCUGCUGUCUCUCACCCAAAUGCUCCUCCCCAACCUAUGCCCCAAAGUGUACCACAUACAGUUCAACUUCCAAAUCAGUUUUCUCAGAACCAGAUCCCUCCUGUCCCUCAGCAAGACCCUUAUUUCCCACCGCCUGGUCAAAAUCAAGGAGCCCCAAAUCAGCAAUACCAAUUACCUCCGGGUCAGCAGACGGUCCCCCCUCCUCCAGUGCCACCACAUCAACAAUUUCAACCUCAACCACAGUAUUCUCAGCCACCACCCCAGCUGCCUCAACAGCACCCUUCGCAUACACCUGUUAAUCCCUCUCAACUCCAGCCUACAUUAGGCCACCAUGCUGAAGAGACACCUUAUAUUCCUUCCCAGAACUACCCACCCAGUCUUCGUCAGCCACCUUCUCAUACGCCCAGUGGUCUUCCCCCCUCCCAACAGUAUUAUAGUCCAGCUUCCCAAGCAUAUGAGCCGCCUUCUAGCAGAUCCAGUUCAGGGUAUUCUUCUGGGUAUAGCCCUCCAGCUGGGCUUGGUGAGUCAUAUCAUUAUGGUGGAUCACCUUCUCAAUAUGGUGGUAGCUCCUCAGUGAAACCACCACAACUCUCUUCUUCUGCUACAGCUCAAAGUGGAGGAAGUGGUUACCCACAGCUACCAACUGCUCGGGUACUACCACAUGCAUUGCCUACUCCAUCUGGGGCAGGGGGUGGUUCAGCAUCAGCUGGGACUGGAAACAGAGUUCCCAUUGAAGAUGUGAUUGACACCGUGACAACUAUGGGUUUCCCGAGAGACUAUGUUAGGGCCACUGUUCGAAAGAUGACAGACAGCGGCCAGUCAGUUGACGUCAAUGUCGUGCUAGAUAAGUUGACAAAUGAUGGGGAAGUUCAGCCGCCUAGAGCUUGGUUUGGUCGAUAGUAUGGUGUUGCCUGCUCCAGACCGAUGUAUAUGAAGUAUCACUUGUUUCUAGAUCGUCUAUCGCUUGGAACUUAGGAGAUGCACCCUUUUAUGUAUUUUGCGUUUCUCUUAAUUUCCUUCUGAGGGAUUUACAUUCCAUUGCGUGCGAUUUGCAUUGAACCUAUUUUCUUUCUUCGCUAGCUUCUGUAAGUGAUCACAUGUCUUCCUCCCAUUUGUGUAUUUACUCGUAAUAAAUGGCAGGUGGUUUAUUGAGUUU